UAAGUUAACCGGAACUAGGUUCAUCGUUGGCGGGUCACCGGGUGUGGUUAUCGAUUCUAUCUUGUAGCUGCUUUCAAAUUUCACGAAAAACUACUCAAUUCUUAGUGCUUUAUCCUCUGAAAUAAAGCUAGGUACUAAUCAUGGAUGAUACCGAACGAGAGUCACUCGUGUACACUGCUAAGUUGGCCGAACAGGCAGAGAGAUAUGACGACAUGGUCAAGGCAAUUAGCCAGGUGGUGAAGAAGGGCAGCGUACUGACCGGGGAGGAGAGAAACCUGCUCUCGGUGGCCUACAAGAACGUGAUUGGUGCGCGGCGGUCGGCCUGGCGGACAAUCAGCUCCGAGGAGCAGAAGUUCAAGGAUAAGGGCGAUGAAAAGAAGGAGAAGCUGGCCAAAGAGUACCGUGUUGAGAUAGAAGCAGAGCUGUCUGAAACUUGUCAAGAGAUCCUGACGGUAUUAGACGAACACCUCAUCAAGAAAGCCAAGGAAAAUGAAGCUAAAGUCUUUUACCGUAAAAUGAAAGGGGAUUACUUCCGCUAUCUGGCAGAGUUCUGCACUGGUGACGCAAAGCGGUGCCAGGCUGACAACAGUCUGAAGGCCUACAAGGAGGCAUUUAACGAUGCCAAGGAACUCCAGAGCACACACCCCAUCCGACUUGGCCUAGCCUUAAACUUUUCCGUAUUCUACUACGAGAUCAUGAGCAGUCCAGAAGAGGCAUGCAAGCUGGCCAAAGAGACGUUUGACGAUGCACUGAAGGAGCUAGACACAGUGGAUGAAGACAAUUACAAGGACUCCACACUCAUUCUCCAGUUGCUAAGAGAUAACCUCACCCUCUGGACGUCAGAGAAUGAGACUGAAGCGGAGCCAAAAGUAGAAGAUAUUGAGGAUACGCAGCAAGAGUCCUAAAGUAGAUUUCUCAUACAGGGGAAUAGUAAGACGUGUUUAGUAGAGUUCUGGAAAUAGAGGAAAACGUGAGGCUUGUUUUCUUCUGCUCACACAGAGGCAGAAAUUAUUGGGCUGUUUGGGGGACAUCCACCCAGUUUACCCAGACAUUCCUAGAGCUUGUUCAAGGAAACCUCGGAAGUGCACUGGAACGAAGACCAAACAGAGAGCAAGUGCCCAACGUUAAAGGAAAAGUCAUCAGCACUCUUGAGUGUCCACUUUUACACCUGGGUCACGGUCACUGGCCCUGUAUUACCUGAGUGACGUUGCUUAAACAGGACUUCAUCGAGAAAUGGAUAAAGAGUUUGGGGCAUUGGGUUGGGAGGGUUAAUCACUAAUGUGUAGUUUGUGUAUGUUCAUAACAUUAAAAAAAAAAAACUGGCAUCCAGUGUUCUCACAAAAAUGUCUCUCCGAGAACUGACCGAACAUUUUUGUUCAGGGUGUGCAUGAAUUGAAUACAAUACCCAUUUGCCUGUAACUUUAAUGUUACAGUACCUUGACUCUGUACAGUUGCUAGUGUGUGUUGUGGCAUGGCUUGUGAAAGAAGAGCUUAACAUACAGUCGUGGAGGUUUCAUUGAGCCUUCAUGUGCUGGUUUUAAACCCCACCCCACCCCUUAUCUUCCAAGAACUUGUGUUACAUUUUACUUGACAUUCGUUGAGACUUGCUGCUAUGAGUUAUCCAUUGUAAUCAUGACGACUGUUGUGUUUUCGUCGGACGUUCCAUGCACACUAUUUGAAUUGAAUUUGUGCACAACUUCUGCCUCCUUUUGAACUGGAAAGAAAACUAGUCCCUCUCUUCCUUUUGUGAGAACACUGAGCCAUUGUGUGUGGAAUAGGCUUUUUUUGUGUUUCCCUGCCGAUUAAAUAAAUAGUUUUUUUAUUUCUGUUUAACGGCAGCUGUAAUAUGGUGCCUAUUGUCAAUGUAAGUGUGGUAAUACAUGAUUUAUUAUUUUGAUAAAAUGUGGCAAGUAUAUUAUGAAGUGUUUUUUUUUUAUUUGGGGUCUUUUUAUUUAUUUUUCUCCUUUUUUUGUUGGUUAUUUGAGUGAUGUAAUUAGUUGGUAGUGUUUUUAUUAUUAAAGUUGAUUUUUGCCUUUCUGGUUUUUGUCGUUUGGGUUUUUCCCCCCUCCAGGGAGGCUGUUUUGCUUGAAGGGGAAAGCUUGUGAAAUGAAACUUGCACAUGUGCAUUAGGAUAGAUCGUACUCAAUCUUCUUUUUUUUUUAAAUAUUACCAUAGUGUUUGCACAUGAAAUGGCAUUUUCUGGUAUGGAAAUAAGUUUAAAUGCAUUUCCUUUUUCCCAAUCUUCAACUUGAAGUCUCUACAAUUACAGCAUUGCAUAUGGUGUUAUUAAAAAGUGCUGCCAAGUUCAACCCUAGUGUGCUCUGGGAUAGAUUGCUGUCUCUCUGAAAGAGGGCUUCACAAUAACCCCCCCACUCAAAUUGUUAGCAUGUACUUGUAUUUUAUGUACUGUUUGUCAGUUCACUCUUUUCUCAUACCAUUGGACGAAUCGGUGCCAGCCGGUCAAAUAUAAUGAAAGGGAACACGCAAUCACAUGUCAUCUUAGUUUGACGUACCCCACUUUCAGCUGUGCUGUUCAAGGCUCUGAAUGCAGUAUAUUAACACGGUGAAAAGAGUGUUUCUUGCAGAAAUACUGUACAUUAUACUUGUGAAGAACAUGCUUUUCUGUGUCGUGCACGUCAGCAGUCUCUCAAUAACGCACUCUUGUUCUUAACGUACAAAUCACUUGUUAAGAUACAUUGUACAAUGUACAUGACUAAAAUCUUAUGUGUAGUCGUUUGUAUGAAAGCGUGAACCACAGUAGAUACUAACGUAACUUAAGAAUGGCGUACUUUAUGGUGGUUCCAACUCUAGAACUCUGCUUAGCCUAGUAUUUCUAUCAGUCAGCAUUGUUUAAUUUUCAUCGAUUGUACUUUUUUUCUGGAAACGACAACCUGGGAGCUUAAAUGUCAUUAAACAUGCUUGUUACUGAACGUAAAUACUCGGGUGUAAAAGUGUACAUCUAUUUAUUGACGUGGUACGAUAUGCAUCCCAAACUUUUUGGAAUCUUUGAGAAAUGUUUGGUCCAUAUGUAGUGAAUGUAUGAUUGUUUUAUUUUGUUUCAUUUCAGAUGAUUAUUUUGGCACUAGGAGAUGCUGUUAAUUUAGGCUUUGCUUCGAGAUCCAAGGGAUUUUUUUCUGCCUUCAGCUACAUGUCUGUGUAUCGCAUAGUAGUUAAUCCAAUAAAUCUGGCCAAAACAUGUUACCACCCUCAUUGAA